CCCUUUGUUAAGGAAAAAUAUGGAAUAUGGCAUUGAAAAGAAACAAGCAGCACUUUGAGACGUAGAAGAGCAAACUUAUUCAGAGGAAUCCUCUCCAAAAGCUGAGCACUGCCUUCUGUUCUCAGGACUUUUAUACAGUACAGACUCCUGGGUUUCAAGACUUUCUCAUGCAAGUCUCCAGGCAGUUCUGCUUCCUGUGAUAGCUGCUGAGCAAGCCUGAUUACAGGAGCAGAAAUGAGCAGGUUGCAGCUAUUAACAAAGAUAAAAUGAAACAUCUUCUGAAGGAGUCGCAGCUUCACCUUUCCUCUGCUGAUCCCCCUUUGAUUUUUAUGAGAUUCUUCCACUCCCACUUUUCUUUUCCUUUUUCCUCUAGCUUCUGCAUAUGAGAGAAAACAUAUGAUCUUUGAUCUUCUGAGUUUGAACUGUUUUGCUUAACAUAUUGGUCUCUAGUUCCAUCCAUUUUCCUUCAAGUGACAUAAUUUUAUUUUUUUUUCUUUAUGGCUGAAUAAAACACCAUUGGCUAUGUAAACCACAUUUUCUUUUUCCAUUCAUCCACUAAUAGACACCUAGGCUCUUUCCAUAGUUUACAUAUUUACACGGUUAUUUUGAAUUGUGCUGCUAUAAACAUGUAUUUGAACUUAUCACUAUAGUAUGGUAACUGUAAUUCUUCAGGAAAAAUAAUGGGAAGUGGUAUAGUUGGGUCAUAUGGUGGUUCCAUGCUUAGUCUUUUGAGGGACGUCCAUACUUAUUUCCAUAGUGGUUGCACUAGUUUACAGUCUCUUCAAAAGGAACAGUGUGAAAAUAUUCCUUUUUCUCCACAUUCUCUUUUUCAUUCAUUAUUAUUUGUAUUCUUGAUGACUGCCAUUUUUUGCUGGUGGAAGAUGAAAUUUUAGUGUAGUUUUGAUUUGCAUUUCCCCAGUUGCUAAUAAUGUUGAACAUUUUUUCAUAUAACUGUUGGCCAUUUGUAUUUCUUAUUUUGAGAAAUGUAUGUUUAAUUCACUUCCCUAUUUAUUAAUUGGGUUAUUUGAUUUUUGGGUGUAAAAUUUUUUGAGUUCUCUAUAUAUUCUAGAUAUUGAUCUUCUGUCAGAAGAGUAGCUAGCAAAGAUUUUCCUCCUAUUCUGUAGGUUCUGGAGUGUUGAUCCUCUGUCUCCUUCUAGGAGUUGCCUAGUUUGUGGUCUAAUUCCUAGGUUUUUGAUACAUUUUGAGUUGAUGUUUAUGAUGUUUAUAAAUAAAAAGUUUUCCCAGUACCUUUCAUUAAGAAGGCAAGACAUGCUUUUUGUAUGACUUUAUUAGGUACCAGAAAUACCAUCCCCAGGAAACUAGCCAAAGUACCUAAGGAAUUAUAGGUGACUUGCUGAUGACCCAUCCUCCAGUCAUUCAUGCAGCAUAUUCCAUCCUUAGCAUAGCUCCCUGGAUGGACUGAGGCUGCUGGUUUAGCACAGACUAACUGCAGACCUGUGCAUUGUCAGUGAUCCUUCUCUCUGUGGUCCUUUAUCUUCUAAGAACUGGCAUCAGUUUUCUAGAGAAGCUCUUUCCAAUAGCAUUUUCUGCCAUAGUACAAAUGCUCUAUCUGCUUCCUGAUACUAAUCACAUAAGACUGUGGAGCACUUAAACUGUAUUUAGUGUGACUGAGAAACAGAGUUUUAAAUUUAAUUCCAUUUUAAUUAAUUUAAAUUUAAUAGCCAUUUAUGACUAGUGGCUACUGUUUUGGACAGUAGAGGUCUGGGAUAAGAUAGGCUUCUCUUCUUCACUGUUGGAGAAACAGGGGCAGAUGAUCAAGAGCAAGGUAUCAACUAUUUUGCAUUUUACAAUUAUGUAAAAUACAAGAAAGCAAAAUAGAAAUAUAAAUUCUUGUAAUCUCAAUGCCCCAAUAAAACAAUCACUCAGGUUUUUAAGGAUACUGGAUUUCCUUAUAUCAUUUUUAUUCUAUGAAUCACCUUUAAUAUCUAAUUGCCUUUGUACAACUCUGUAUAUGAAAAUUUUCUUUAAUAUUAUGGGAUUAUUACAUUUUAUUUGCAAAUGUAAUUUUAAUAAAGAGCAUAUUAGUCCAUCAAGUGAAUAGAAUACACCAUAGAUUCUUAUUGUUUCCCCCUUCAACUCUGGAGAUUGAACCCAGGGCUGCACACUUGCUAGGCAAGUACUUUUCCACUUAUGUACAACCCCAGCUCAUUUAAAAAUUUUUUUACUUUGAGACAAGGUUUGUGUUAUAGUUGGGAUCUUUCACAUCCCUGGAAAACUCAUGUAUAAGGCAUGUAGGAAUGUUCAGAGGUGAAAAGAUUGGUUACGAAAGCUGUAACCUUAUCAGUAAAUUGAUUCAUUUGGUGGACUAAGAAUUUAAAUGAAUCAUUAGGUGGUAACUAUAGGCAGUGGCUAGAGGAAGUAGGUCACUGGGGGUGGGCCUUUGGAAACUACUGUCUCAGGCUUCUCCCUCCUUUGCUCUCUCAUCCCUUCUCUCCACUUUGCUCUCUCUUUCUCCCCCUUCCCAGCUGCUAUGAACUGAGUAGCUCUCCUCUACCACACCCUUCCACCAUAAAUAUCUGCCUUGCCUUGGGCCAAGAGCAAUGGAGUCAGCUGACCAUAAACUGAACCUCUGAAACCAGGAAGCCAAAAUGAACUUUUCUUCCUCUAUCUUGUUUUUGUUAGGUACUUUGGUCACAGUAGUGAAAGCUGAUUAACACAGUCUUGAUGAGUUGCCAAGGAUGGCCUCAAACUUGUGAUCCUCCUGCUUUAGCCUCCUGAGUAGCUGGGAUUACAGGAUUACUUGAUUACAGCCACUGUACAGGCCACAGAGCCAUAGACUCCUUGUGGUUGGGUAUCUAGGAUGUUUUCAUUGUUGCUGUUAUACAAAUGACUGCCAUCCACAUCUCUGUGACUGAAACUUCUUCCAAAUGUUGAACAGGUCUUUGAAAAUCUCUGGUAGGGUCAGAGAAAUAGAAUUUAGUGGUCAAGGAUAUAAAUGUUUUAAGGCUAAUGAAGAUGUAUGGCCAUAUUUCCCAAAAUUUCAUUACAUAAAAAAUACUCACUUUGUCACACCCACACUUAUACUGGGCAUCCAGCACACCCAUAAUUCUCUUUAAUUUAUGUCUUAGCAUUUUAUUUCAUGAUAAAAUUGGCCCAAGUUAUACCUAUUUUUGAUAAAUUAAAGAGUUACAAGUUUUAUAAGAGAAUUUGUCCUUGGCAGAUUUUUUCCCUGAUAUAUUACUUUUUCUUUCACAGUUUUAUUUUUUAUGUUUUUAUGGGAGAAAAGGAAACAAGAAAGUUGAUGUACUGUUUUGUGCAGUUAAGCAAAGAGAAAGCUUCCAUGCUAUUUUCACGGUGAUUCAAAAACACAUGUGAAAUUAAGUGGCCAAAUGAGAGAUUUUUCUAUAUUUUGCCUACUUUUUGCAGUAACUCUUUGUUCUAUUUGCCUUUAUCUCUUACAUUUCUUAUAAUUUUUACUUGAAAGUGAAGGUUGAAUCUAAAAGUGCCUUUUUCAAUAUUUAUCACCUUGUGGCUGCUGUGAAAAUAAUAAUAAAGAAUUCAGAGUAUAGCUUGUAUUAAAUAUCUCCUGUUGUGCAUUGUUAAAAAAAAAUUAUGUUAGACACAGUGGUCAGAAAAUGAUCUACUGAAGAUUGCUGUAAAUAAACAAGCCUGUAGAUGAAAAGUUGAAUUUAUGAGACCAAUAAGAAGUGAUUAUUCACUCUAUAAAAGUGUUUAUAGUGGGGUUAUUACCUUAAUAGUGAGCUUCACUAGUGAAUUUAUGUUUUCGUUUUUUAAAAAUUGAUUUACAAGCCUUUAUGAUCUUAUCUUUUGCACUAAGUGAAUUUAUUGGAAUAAGCAUUUUACUGAAAUACUUUAGGACUAAAAGAGAUAUGGUACCUCUAAAAGAUAAGCUACUUACUGUUCUCUCAUCAAUUUAUCAAGGCUGCUCUGAAGAGUUAAAAUUGCAAUGAGGAUUAAAUUUUUGCAUUUCCAGCUUUCUUGGAUUCGUAUGUCAGUAAUCUUGUUACAACAACAUACAUUCAUAUAUAUGUAUGUAUGUUUAUUACUAUUAGAGGAAUAAAAUUAAAAAGCUAGUUUAAUGUAUUUAAUAAUUUUGGGAAGGCAAAAAAAUAACCAUUUUAAUGUUAAAGGUAAUUAGAUCAGAAACAAAAAUGAUACAACCUAGAUGGUAGUGAUAUUUCAUGCCAACAUUGAAAAGGAAAUAUUAUCAAGGAAUGAACAAGGAAAUUACCAUAAGGGGAAGAUUUUAAAUGUGGAUUAUCAGGAUGUGGAGCUUAAUCCUUUAACUCAUGGCUCUGGCCUUAGCGGCACGUUCUUCCUCAGAACCAUUAUUUUUAUUUAUUUUAUUUUUUUAUACUAACAUUUUUAAUUUUUAAAAUAAGUAAGUAUAUAGUAAAAAAGUAUAAAGUUUUAUGAAUGUAAGACAUGGAUUCUAUUAAGUUAUCACUACAAUCCAGACACAAUGUAGUAACAUCACCCUAAAAGACUCCCCUGCUAUUCCUAUAUAGUCACACUUUCUACUGUCCCCUAGCACCUACAACCACUAUGUUCUCUGCCAUCACAGUUUGUCUUUUAUGAAAUGCCAUAUAAAUGGAAUCCAACAGGAUGCAAGUUUUUGAAACUAGAUUAGUUCUCUUAGCACAAAGUCUCUGAAAUUCAUUUAAGUUGUUGCACAUAUCAAUGGUUCCUUCUUUUGUAUUGUUGAGUAGCAUUAUUUUGUUGAUAUUUACCAUGAGAAUCAUCAUUUUUAAAGCUUCAUGGAUCAGGGGAAAAAUAAGGAGUGUAACCAGGGAGCAUCACUCACACUUCAGUUUUUACUUUCUUGGUGUUGACACUGGAACAAAGCAUUUACUGUUUUGAGAAAAAGUGAUAGAAUCAAAUAAAUAUUGGGCAACAUUUCUUAAAACUGUUUUCCAGAAUAGUUGAGGCAUCAAUGCCUGUAACUUCAUUAAGAGGCAUGGUUAUUUACCUCUGUCAGGCAAGACAGGCUUUUGAAAAACGUUCUGUUUAAAAGUCAUAGAUAUAAACAUAGAAUGUAAAACUAUAAAUCUUCUAGAUGAGAACAUACACGAUCUUGCUUACCUUGAAGUAGGCAAACAUUUCUUAGAUACACCACCAAAAGCCACCUUAACCAUAAAAGAAAAAAAUAAAUAAUGAACUAUACUUUUCCAACAUUAAGAACUUCUGAUCUUCAAAACACGUUGUUAGGAGACAGGCAAGACUGCAAGGAACAUACUUGCAAAUCAAAUCUAAUAAAAGGAGUUAUAUGUAGAAUAUGUAAAAAAUCUCUCAGAACUCAACGAAUAAUUAAAAAGAACAAUAAAGCACAGAUAAUAAUGUAAGCAACUGCUUCCCAAAUGUGCCAUAUAGAUGGCAAAUAUACACACGGAAAGAUGCUCAAUGUGAAUCUUUAGGGAAGGCAGAUGAGAGCCACAAGGGAAUGCUUCUGUGCCCUAUGAGAAUGUCUAAAAUGGAAAACUCUGUUCAGGUCAAGUCUUGAAGAGGAUGGAGAGCAACUGGAAAUUUCGUAAGUCACAGAUGGGAAUGGAAAAUUAUAAUAGCCCUUUGGGAAAAAUAAUCUGGCAAUUCUUAAGGCACAAACAUAUAGCUGCCAUGUGACCUAGCCAUUCUAGACACUUACCCAAGAACGCAUUGCCCACACAAAGACUCAUGUACAAAUGUCCACAGCAGCUUUAUUUGUAACAUGCAGAAGCUGAAAAUACAUUGAAUACCUAUCAGCCAAUGAAUGACUAAAAAAAUAGAAGUGCAUCCAUACAAUAGAAUGCCAUUCAACAAUAAAAAGCAGUAAACUGUUGCUGCAUGCAACGCAUGAGUGAUUUCCAGAUUCAUGACAUGGAAGAAAAGAAACCAGACAAAAUGUAUGAACUGUGUUACUGUGCUUGUAUGAAUUCCAGAAAAUGCAAACUAAUCUGUAGUUUUCAUGGGCAGGUAGAAGGUAGGAGGACCUCUAGGAGAGGCCAGAGGAAAGGAUUUCCAAGGCAGGAGGGAACCUCUGUGGUGAUAUCUAAGGAUUCAUUAACUAGAUGCUAGUAACGCUUUCAUGGGUGUCUACAUUUAUCCCAACAGGACAAACUGUACAUGUUAAAUAUGGGCAGCUUAUUAUAUGUCAGUUUUGCCUCGAUAUUUUUUUUUUAAAUACAGUCCUUUUAAUCUGUUUACCUAGGUUAGCACUUUUUCAAACAUAGUUUGCUGUCUAGUCAGCAAAAACCCUUGAAUUGAUGAAGGUACAAAUGUGAGUCUGCUGGACAAUUGCAUUUCACACUGGCAAUUGACAGACUGGCUCUGGCAUCAGUCAGUCACCCAAGGAUAAGUAAGUUCACCUCUGACAGAGUUCCAGACGAGUAUGAUUGAGAGAACAAAAUCUGAAAUUCAGAAACAAACAGCAGUUGGCAAAUAUUUUCUCUUUUCUCCCAGUUAUACAAAGAUAUCAAGAGUCCUCCAAAUCUACCAUUUCAAAAAUGCUAUCUUUGAUGACAGUUUCAGGUGCAAAGUGUGUUUUUUUUCUUCACAGUGCUUUUCACAGAAUGAGCACUGGUAGACACCAAGGCUGGGAGGCCCUGUGAACCAGUUCCAGCAGGUGAAGCUUUGUGCUGGUGGUGAUGUAGUUUCAUUCCAAAGGUGUAAAGCGAAGUCUCCAUCUCUAGCUGGCUGCUUGUGUCCUUGGACUGCCCUUCCCUUAGAUGUUUCCACCUCUCAUCUGUGUGUUACCUUCCUUGAUGUUCCUUUACCUGGCUGCUGCUCAUUCUGCUUGAUCUCUUCGGCCUUGUGAGCAGAUCAUGGGGUUGUGAGGCUUUUGAAGAUAGGGCUGGGGCUUUGGUUAACCACGUUGUUAACGUAAGUCUGAAUAAGUGCUGAAUCUAUGAAGUGCGUACAGCCUGGAAGAACUGGGUGGUGUCUUCUGCAUGUAGUCAAUCACGAUGAUAACUGCAAUGGUGUUUGCCAUACAUUGCACUCUGGAUUCUGAGCACAAUGCAGUUAGUGUUAUGUGUGGACUGGCUGGCGUUGAUCUCAGAACACUGUGGUGAUGCUAUCCCCAAGUACUUCAUUCUUCAGGUGAGGAAAAUGAGGCCCGGAGUGAAGCACCUAUGUACCUAGAGUACCUAGAGUACAUAGGUGCUAACUACUGGGAAGUCAGGUUUAUCCAGUAUUUUUCCUAGCCCUUUCUACUGCAUUUGGUGAUUCAUAGCUAAUUUUUCACAAUAUGUUUGCAGAUGUAUUAGGUGCUAUUGAGAGACAAAUAACAUAUCUUUGACUCACCAUCUAGUUACCAGUAACUUUGGCCUUGCUUGAAGCUCAUAAUAUAUACAUUUCCUUUCUCUUCCUCUGUGGACCAUGAGAACACUCCUCCAAAUAACAGGAUUGCUAUUUCUCAUCUGCCCAUCCACUCGGCCUGGAUUAUUAGCACUUCUUUUGGGAAUUUCAGAGUCUACAUUUUUGACCUGCCACAAUCCUAGCCAGACAUUUCUGCUGCUGCGUUCUGAUUUAUCAUGCCAUUUCUCUGAACUGACAACUCAGAAAUCUUAAACUUGGCAAGCUCACUCUCUGACAAUAUAGCUUUAUUUUUUUCACCUCCACUGUUUCCUUUUUCCUAGUAAGUCAGAUAUGAAAACACCAAGACAUCUGUUUUUAAGCACUGUGCCUAUUACCAUUGUAGUUAAAUAAUCCUCCCUGGCAUUUCACUUGCUAAAGGCAGAUGUGGCCAGUGGUUUCAUCUUUGAUCCUUCCACCAUUAAACAUUCCUAAGAAUCCUCAGCUUUGUUUUGACCAGAAUGCCUUUUUGUGUUUCUGUCACUGAAGCCUUUCUCUGUAUGUAUGAUAAGAAGCCAGAUGGCUUCUAUCGUCCCCAAUCCACCUCCAGAGAAAUACCUUCCUCCUUAGGUUGUGUCUGAAGUUAUCUCUUUCUUCGUGGAUUUGAAAUUGCAAAAUUUCAGAUUUACCAUAAUUAUAUACUUGUGUCUAUUUCUGAACUUUCUAACCCAGUAAUUUUUCUGUGUAUGGGGCAGUUUUACAUUAUGGUGCUUUUAUGAUGCAGUUAAACAUCUGCUAGGUCAGCUCUCCCUUCAUUGUUACUUUUGAAGAUGGUUAUUCUCUGAUCUAUUUCAGAUGACUUCAGAAAAAUUUUAUUAGACUUCCCCAAAUUAUAUGACAGGGUUUAUUAGAAUUCCAUUGAAUCUACAGAUUAAUUAGAAUUGAUGAUUUUCAACAAAUUUUUGUUCCCAUCAGACAUACAGUAUCUUUAAAUGUACUAGUUUGUUUUUGUCUGUCCUUUCACUAGUUCUCUUCAGAUAGGCCUGCAUAGAGAUCACUACAGGUGUUUUUAUUUUAUUGCUCAUGUAAGUGGCAUUGCUUUGGUUUCCUUUGACCUUCAAAGCUCUCUCCUUGUGAUAUCACCCAGCCCUGUGAACUCAGCGUCACCUCUGUGCAGAUUACUUCCUGAGCCACAUGAUGAGUUGCCACACCCUAUUCUCCCUUUCUGUUGAACACCAUCACCCCUUGUUUGCCAGAGCUGCCCCAAAUUCAUUGUACCUACAGGUGAACCAUCUUUCUCUGCCACUCCAAACCACCCCCCCCUUCUUAAGUUUUUCACUAUCCUAGCUAUGAGGCCAAAACCCGGGACAUCAUCUUGGGCAGACUGGUCUGCUCCUUACACAAUAUUUGUUGUAUGUCUUUCCUUCUUUCCAGCCUCACUGUCAGUAUUAUCUGUUACCUGGAUUACUAGCAUUUCAGCCUCUAGUCUCUUGCUAGUCUCUGAACCCCGUCUGUCUGUGAUGAUAAUUCUAGUGCCUAAAAUAUUGAUGGCAUUGUCACUUCAGCCUGCCUCUGCUUUGCUCACCUGAUAAGGUCCAGAAGCAUCAAUUGCUCCUGUUUUGGCCCUAAUAGAAUGUUAUGUUCUUGUGUGCUCCCACACCUCAGCUUCCUCGAGCUCCAGCCUGAGGGUCACUCUCCAAUACCGUGUCCCUAGCUGGAUGCACUCUGCUCUUUCAUAUCCCUGUUCCCGUGUCACUUGUAUUGUGAUUCCUUUUUGUCCUGCAUCUCCGCCCCUCAACAAUUCACCAUUUCCUCCUCUUCAAGGAACACUGUACACCUCUCGUAUGGGAUGUGUCACUCGAGUCACUGUUUUACGUUGGUACUUGAGUGUCUUUCAUUUUCAUGUGAGGCUUCAGUUAACUGAGUUUAAAGCUAUGAAAUAAAUAUAGCCUGGAAGAAUUGAGCAGUAUCUUUGCAGACAGUUAAAACUAUAAAGAUAAAUAUAACAACAGUAUUUCCUACAAUGAGCUCUAAUGUGUCCUGACACCAUGUGAUUAGCACUGUGUGGAUUUGUGCCAGUCUCCAAGCCCUGAGAGGAAUGCUGCCAUGAGAAUUCUGUUCUUUGGGUAAGGAAAACGAGACCCAGAACGCCACUGAUUUCUCCAGAGUCCCCAGUGCUAACAACAGAAGUCAAGUUCGAACCCUGCUGGCUGGGUAGGAGUGUCAGCUUCAACCACUGUCUGACUUCCUGGCAGUUCUGCAGUUGCGCCAUAACCUUGCUGACCAGAAGCUCAAACGCAUGAUUGAAACUUGAUAUAAGCAUAGGUUCCUGAUUCUGUUGUCUUAAGCUUUCUCUGUAAAGUUUGGAUGUCUAUUUUUUCUUUUCUGAAUUUUUUAAAGAAAGAGUGAGGAGUGAGCCAAUAAUGCUAGUGAUGUUCCCAAGAUGAAAUGCUGGAUUUCACACUAUCUGCAAUCUAUUACAUCAGGUCCCAAUCUUUCUGCCUGACUUUCUGGGGCUUCCAACACCUGGGCCCACUCUACUUCUGUACUUGACUUACAGAUACCAGUGCCCCUCCCACGAGGCCUGACAGCCCACCAGGCCCCUCCCGAGUCUCACAGUGUUGCUCUCCUGUCUCCUGUGUCUGCUCUGAUGGCUGGCUUCCUCUCUCCAUCACCAAAGCCUGUCUUAUGGACAGUGCCCCCAUGAUUUUUCUGACUGAUUUACACAAUUCUUCAACUAUACAGGUUAACAUUGGCUUGUUUUCAAAAUUCCAUAAACAGUAUGAAUAAAUAAUAUAUAUCUAUGUGUCUAUAUUUAUCUAUUUAUGGAGAUAGAUAAGAUAUGUAUUAUUUUCCACUAGGGAUAAGUAUACAACAGAUAGUAAAUACCCUAGUAUGACUGAUAAAUUUUGUGAUUUGAACAUUUUAAUUACUGCACAAAGGUUUCAAAAGUAUUUGAUUUUUCUCUUUAAGGAGUAAUGUAUGACCCUGAGGGAUUUUAGUUUUCUGUAUAUUCUCAGCACAAUGACUUCAACUCUUCUUUAGUAUGUCUAUAAGUAAUUUUUCUUCAACAAGCAGUAGAGUAGAAAGAAUGUCAGAAGUGGAUUUUUGGGCUGUUAAUCCCAUUAACUUGUUUUCUGGUGUUAGCUAUAUGGCUUAUCUCCUUCAGGUAUAAACAGAUAGGAUUAUACUCGAGUAUUCCUAAGAUUCUCUUGCUCCAAAAGGCCCUUACCAGUGAAUUCCAGAGUAUGUCUAGCAUCUUGUAUCAGUUAGGCAACGUUGACACCAUCUACUAUUUGGGCAUAAUUAAAAUAGAACUUUAACUUUUAAGUCUUAUUUGGUUUAUAGAUUAAUAUUCUUAUGAGUCAGUGUAAAAACUGUCUACAUAUAGAUUGUAGCUGCAAAAUAUUAUGAUCCUGUUAGCUGCUUCAGAGAUCUGGCAAUUUUCUGAAGUUCUGUAGGAAAAAAUGUUAACUAUGGUACGAUCUCAUAUUUUCCCCCUUAGCUUUCAUAAUCUUGAAAAAUAACUCUUCUCAUUUCCCCCCUAACACCCACAUUGUUGAAGCUGAAAGCUGUGGUGGAGGUCAGGACUUGGUUCUAAUUCAGGGCCCAGCAUUCUGUCUGGCUGAGGUACAGGAGCUUGACCCGCUCUGUGUGGCUUUGCUGAAGUAUUUGUCCCCUGUGAAAGCCAAUAUGGUCAGCAGCACCAGCAUAGAUAAAGAGCUGCGUAAGGUUGUAUUUUAGUGGCAAGGCUGUUUUGUGGCCAUGUUCUGCAGGCAGACUGGAGGUGACAGUAUUAUUUACUUUUGUUGCUCGGGGUCCAAAGAGAGAAUAAAUUGCUAUUGAUUUUUGAGACAUUCCAGUGAAGGGUCUGAAUGCCUUCAGAAGAGCUGGGUGGCAGGACAGCCAGUGCUGGCUCGGAGACUGCCUGUUAAAAUGAAAAUUCAUUUUCUUGUUAUUGUCAUAAAGAUUUUUUUCAUUCUUAGAGCCAGUUACAAGAAGAUGUGGCUGUGGGGGAGUGUUGCUAUUAUGAAUGUUUUCUGUCCCCUGAGAGAGUGGAAUUCAGCACCUUUCACAGCGUUUGAAAUUGACAAAUAGAGUUGUGUGUGUACUUGCAUACAUGUAAUCACCUGGACUUAAAAGUGAUGUUUAAUUCUGUUAGUAUAUUAUGUGCUCUCCCAGGACACUUCUAGGUUUUUCAAAUGUUUGGCCUCACGAAGGAAGGAAGUUUGAAUUUUGUCUUAUUUUGUUUUAACUUGCGAGUGUGUUUUAAAAUGAUGCAUUUGCUUUCCUUGAUGAUUUCUUAAUUUGCACUCCUCCCCACCCCCAUAGCCCCCAGCCAGAUUAUUUCUUCCUAUAAUAUUGAGGAUCCUACUUUGUGUGCCACCUGAAGGGCCAUACCAAAGGAAUGACUGAAGAUUGGCUCACGCAUUACCCAUGAGUCAUUUUUCUUAAAUCAAUAAUGCACUUCUAAUUUAAUAGUCUAGGAUGACUCAUAGUUUCAAACAUUUGUUUUGGCAAACGAAAAUUGUUGUGAUCCAGAAAUUCACGGUUAUGCAUAAAAGUACCAACUCAGCGGAAGCUUGUUCUGGCAUAGAAUGGGAAAGAGGAUGAGAAUGAGGUGAUGGCCCUGAAUUAGGAAGUACUAUUUAAAAGAACAUAGAAACUUAGGCAAUGAUAAAGAGUUAAAUCUGAAUUUCUUUUUUUUUCCCUUGUCGAUGGAAUUCUAUCUAUUUAUUUAUUUAUUUAUUUAUAUGUGGUGCUGAGAGCAACAUUUUAUAAUGUCUUUAUGCCAAAAACAAAUUUGGGUUUAAAUAUUUUCCCAUAAAUACCUUAUACACAUAACACUUUAAAAGUCAGGUCAGGGUUUAAAAAUAGAAAACUCAUAUUUAGACUAAGUUGGUAAUUAUGUUAGAGCACCAUAGUACAUCAGUAAAAUAAUAUAACGAGAUUUCCUGGUGCUGUGAGCUAUGUGGUAUCUAUAACCUGCACAUUUAACAAUAAUCACCCGUGUAAUGUUGCUCCAUGAACAACGGAGUUCGACUACUAACCAUUAGUUAACUUAUGCUAGGCAAGUGCUCCACCACUGAGCUACCCCAGCCUCUAAAUCUGAAUUUCUUAAAGUUUAGAUUAUCAGUCAGAAUUCCAAAUGCAUAGUCUCCAUAAAAGCCUUAUAUUUUAAAGUAGGGGCAUUUUGGACCCAAGAAGACACAACUUUAAAUGUUUUUGACUGUGCUGUGUCUAUACAAUAAUUUUAUAUUUCAAUGGAUUACCAGUCAUCUAGUCAGAUAUGUACACACUUAAAAUAUGUUUAUUAGAAGUGGGCAGAUACCUACACAUUUUUGGUUUCACAAGUAGAAAUCUCAAGCUUCUAAGUUAAGGACAGGACUGGCAUUGUCACCUUUCUCUGUGGCAAGGGUGUUCUAGUAGAGAAAAGCAUAGAUUUAAGCGUUCAGGGCCUGGGUUUCAAAACCCAGUUCUCCCAGUUCCUCAUUGAGCAUUUAAGCAAAUGUUUAACCUUGGUAGGCCUUGGGAUAUCAGGUUCUGGGAAGUAGGAAACUACAUCUGUCCUAAAAUGAAAAUGAAGCUGUAAUUGCAGGUGAAGAUACUUUUCCCCAUCAAUUAGCCUAAGAUUACCCAUUUGAAAAAUAAGUAUUUUUGCAGUAAUAAAUAUUAACAUUUAUUGGGUAUUUAUCAUGUGCCAGAAUCUGUCCCAAAUACUUCAUGUGUAUACCAACCCCUCAGAGGCAGGGGCUGAUAUCAUCCACAUCACAGAGAUGAAGAAAUGGAGGCAAAGGAAUGGAAGAAUUUGCCUCCUUUUUAUCUGUGAAAUGAAAUAGUAAUAACAAGACACUGUGUAACUUAAAUUUGGACCACUUUCAGUGAUCUUUUUGGCAAUCAUUUUACCGUUCUUAUCAUAACUCUCUUACCUUAGCACAUACUUACUGGUGUUAAAUGCAUUUUGAAAGCUUAACUAAAAGAUUUUAAACAUCAUUCAGAUCUUACACACACUACAUGUGAAUUAUAUUCUCUGUAAUUUGCCCAUUUCAAACUAAAAAAAUCCUGCUGGCUCUGCAUUCUGAUGAUAUAGCACAAAAAGGAAUCUUAUUUUUAAUGCUGAACUGAGAAAAACAAAAUGCUAAGGUAAAUCUUUCACGUACAGAAAUAAUUUGUGCCAAUAAAAAAAUUGUUAAAUUAUCACUGUUGAGGCUUAGCCAGCUCUCUGAAUUGCUGUGGAUAAUUGAGGCUUGACAGUUCUUAGUAAUAUUAUCAGGAGUGUCUUUCAGAAGAUAAUUUCCUUUAUUGUCUUUGAUUAAUUUGUAAGUAAUUGGAUGGAGUUUAGCAGUAACCUGGUAUGUUCACUCUUAUUAAUAUAGGGUUGAAUUCAUGAUCCUAAGUACUUUGUGAGCUCAUUUUAAAAGGCUAUCUCCAUUUCAACUUUUAAAUCAAUGUUUGUUUAUAGGGAAAAUAGGAUUAGUGAAUUUGGUUGUCCUGAAACUCUGUCCUGUUACAUGGGUGAUUAUUGUUAAGUUCAAAUGUGCAGGUUAUAGAUACCAGGUAGCUCAUGGCAAUAGGAAACCUCAUUAUAUUAUUUUACUGAUGUACUAUGGUGCUCUAACAUAAUUACCAACUUAGCCUAAAAAUGAGUUUUCUAUUUUUAAACCUUGACCUGAUUUUUAAAUUGGAGUGUGUACAAGGUAUUUAUGGGAAAAUAAUUAAACCCAAAUUUGUUUUUGACGUAAAGACAUUAUAGAACGUUGCUCCAUGUGAACAACACAGUUCACCUACUGAAUUUAUGUUCUUAUUUCCUGUGCUUUGCUCAGCUUCCGGAACAUUUCACUCUUAAGUGCUAUGUGGAAAUGAGAAAUUUGUGUGCUGUGACUUGUUGUGUUUUAGAAGUAAUGGCAAGAGCAUUUGUGUGUGCACCAAUGUCAUUUUUUAAAAACGAUGUUAUAGUUCACAUCUGUUACAGCUCCUUUGCAGAUUUAAUUAUUUUCCCCAUUUCAGUGGGAAAAUCGAGGUUAUUUAUUCAUCGUGUUACUCUUUAUGUGCUAUUAUAAUGAUUCUUAGACUUUCAAAACUUCCCUCAUUCUAAUCACAGUAAGAAAAAACCCCUUGACAGAAACAAAGCUGCCCCUUUCCACAGCGAAGUCUCAGGGCUGACCUGGAGUGGCCUGGAGAGGACUGUCUUGUGGGUGCUGGCCGUCAUGGCGAGCAGCCGAGCUCGGCCUCAUCCUCCCACCCUUUCCUUCAGUCCGGAGCUAGUGCAGACUUUAGGCUGUCAUCCUUUCUUUUUAUGUGGGGAGACGGAAGCCUUCGUCAUUCCUACGUGCCUCUUUACUGCCCUCGUGUUCCCUUUUUCCUGGAUGUGCACAAUUCUGUCUUCCAGGAAGCUCCAAACCAGUCAUAGUACUUUUAAAAACUAUGUGAAAGAGCAUUUUAAAACAGUUAAAGGUGUUCUUAUUUUUGCGGUCAUUUCCUGGGGACAUGGUUCAAGCCGGCACUGGCUGAACAGAGAAACGGUGGUGGUGUGCCUGCCAUUCGGGGGAUUUCCAGUGGUCUCUGCCUGGUCCUUGCUGGUGGAGUGCAGCCUCUCCUGUCCGUGCUCAUCCUCGCAGGAGGUGGUCAGGCUCCCGCCUUCUCACUUAGAGAAGUACAAAGGUCCCUAUGGCAUUGGCAGUAGCCUUUUUCUGACACACUUUUCUCUCUUGUGAAAGGGGACAGUAACAGUGCCACCUCACAGGAUAUCAUGAGGACUGCAAGAACCAGUAUGUGCAACAUUUUGAGCGAUUCUGGAUGAAAAACUCUUUACUAAGAAUUAGCCAACAGGAACAUAGGACCACCGGCUGCCAGUUGUACAGCUGAACUGUAGGAUGGAGGCACUCUUGGCAACGGCUGGGUGCUGGCUUCCACUCUGCUUCCUGCUCCUCCUAGUGCAAAAUGCUUCUCCCCUCUUUUAUCCCAAGGCCCCUGGGACCCUCAGUCCCUCCCUGUCAGCCUGUUCAUCUGGCUGCCCCUCUCUUCCUCAACCCCAGCCUUUGGAACAGAAAAUCUCUGUAACUGUGCAUUGAAAUCUUUCCUGCCUCACAUUCAACUAAUUGUUCUCUGUGUCUUUGUUUCUGCUUUAAAAAAAAAUGUAUGAGGGACUAGAAAAUAUAUCAAAUAUGUUGAAAGGCAUAGAUUAUUACCUGAGUCAGAGUUCUUCCUAUUUACCAACAUAUUAUGUCUGCUGAAUAUUGAUUUCCAGGAUAUAGGACACUUCAUGUGUCAGAGAGAAGAGCCCAGAAUAAUGUUUAUUAUUGCUAGGGAAGAAACUACUGUGUUCAGGGUUCUCUAUCCUGCCUAGAUCACACCCCUGCUGGAUCUCCCAAACCAAUCCACACUAACUUGAACGCCUGUGGAAACUCUAGUUCUGGCACCUGUUUAAUUUCUAAUUAUUACUUUAUCAUUCUGCUUCAACCUGAUUUUAUUCUCUUCAGCUUCUAGCUCUGCUUACACAUUGGAACUUUUAUAGAAAUGGUGUUAGAAACUUGUUCUUUGAGCUCCUGACUCAAGUUGAGAAACUGAAAUGCGGUGGGGGCAAUUGCUCCCUGACCCCUGGUAUUUCUCGGUUGAAUGUUCUGUCACAGCACCCAGAAUUCUUAGAGUCAUAAAUAUCAUCUCUUCAAUUUUUGACGUAAAAAACCUUGAGAACUCAAUCCAGGAACCCUCAUAUACAAACUGAAUAAAGGAAUGGAUUAAACUGGCAAGCCCAUAGUUUGGCUUGACCAUUUUGAAGACCAGUGAGCAGAGCAUGGUGAUUACCAUCAUUCAUCCCAUCCAUCUACUUGACAAACUUUUCUGAGUGUUUACAAGGCACUGAAUCUGGAGAGGUAAUAGUGGUACAAGGACGAAACAGAGAACUUUUCCAUCAGAAUCCUCCCACUCAAGCAGAAUGAAGUACAAAAUGAGCACUGUCUCAGAAGCUAUGAAGUCAGAGAGAAGUAAACAAUUAAGGACUAGUUCCUGUUUCCAAGAUGGAAAUGGAGAACAUGUAGAGGAAAUUGCCUGCAGGGCACAGAUAGAAUACAGAAGUAUAGAACAGCAUGGAGGAGAGAAGAGCUGUGGCCUCCUGCAUGCCUCAUGCCUCAAAAGGGCUGAUGCAGUCAUGGGGCAAAGCCAGCUGACUGAUUUAAGUGAGAGGUAUGAUGCUUAGUUUUAUUUCUAAGCACUGGCAGAGCAGAGGAGGGAACAUAUGCUCUUAAGCUUAAAAACAUGAAGGUGAUUUCUUUAUAAUAAAAUAAUUAUACUGUAAAUUUAAAAAUUUUUUUUGACUUUAUUUUGGAGGGAAACAAUUUUGUACUGUGUUGUGGGAGAAAUUUGUGUUCUUUGAACAUCCUAAUGGUGUGAACAGGAAAAAUGUAUGAGAUGGUUAAAACAGAAGGAUUACCAUAAAGUAUAUUGCAUUUUGUGCACGAUGAAUAAAUUUCACAGGAUUUUUAAUACCAUGUUUUAUGUUUCAUAAUGAUAAAUUAAUUGUAUAUAGACACCUUAUUUUUCUUUGCAGAUAAAAGUCACACAAUCCAAGCAGAUGAAAUGUAUUUUGGUAUUCUCGUUUUAUCUGGUAAACUUUUUAUGGUUUUGCUAUUUUGUGAAAGCAUAUUACUUUUCAUUUUCCAUGAUGAGAAUAUAAUAAUGUAAUGUUUUAUGAAAUGUACUUCUGGGAAGUAUGUAAUACAGCAGAGGGAGUUUGGUUUUAUAUUUUUCUGAUGUAGAACUUCAGAAAUAGAAUAAUUUCUUUUUUGGCACCUAAUGGGUUAAUGAUUCAUGGCACAGAAGCCCAUUUUUAUGUUAAAGUAAAAUUACUUUGAAAAAUAUGCCUUAAUUGAAACCCUAUUUAAUGGUAAAAUUGUUAUUGAUUAUGAUCAAAAUGCCCAAGACAGUGAUGAAUUCAUCAAUUUCUGUUUCAGGGGUGUUAUAAAUCUUUUAGUGGGAGCUGGAGAACGUGAACAAGAUGAACAUUUUCAAAUUAUACUGGCACAUUACUUAUUAUGUGUAACUUUCUUAAUCUGUAUACUGUGUAGGAAUGGAAAUGGCUUUUAAGAAGCAAUGGAGAAAAGUAGCUCACACUAUUAUAUAUGCCACAAAUCUAGCUGGAAUGAAACUUGUUCUAAGAGAAACUUAAAAAUGUGAAGCUGGAACUUGACUGAAUGAUGCAUUUGAGUUAAAGGAAGAAAGACAAAUUGCAUAAUUAUUAAGUAUGACCACAAAGGAAUUCUAUGUACAAUCAUAGAAAAGCCGCCCCUUGAACUCACAAAACUAAGGAAAGUAUUAUGAUAUUUAACCUUCCCACCAUGUUAUCAAGGUGAGAAAGACUGUAAUGUUUAAUUCACAAAAAGUUCUACUUUUAAAGCCCUCAAGCAACUUUCACCCAUGAAACUUAAAGAGUUUUCAAAAUUGCAUACAUAGCUUGAUUCUUUCCAACCUCUGUGUGUAUGUUCAUAGAAUAUACUAUUUCCUCUUUUUCCCACAAAAGAAGUGGUAAGACAUGUUUUUUUUUUUAAAUGUCAUAAGACUGUUAAAAUACAUGUACCUAUUUAAAAGUCCUUCCUAAAGAUCCUUUCAGUACAGCUUGUCGUGAGUCAUACUUGUAACAAGUGGCUUCUAUGGUACUGUUGUUGUAAGAGAAGGGGAUGUGUAGAUGGUUGAUGUUCAGAUUAUAAGGUUUCCAUUCAUACUCAGGUCAUUGAUCUUGCCAUAGAUUGUCUUGCUAUGAGCACCACCUAGAUGUUCAUUUUGCUUUCUUUUGAGUAAGUAGUAUCUCCCUGUCAUCUGGUUUUUCAUAAGCACUUUGUUAAGUGUGUCUUUGUACAAAAAGCCGGAGAGAAGUUAAACUGAUAGAACCCUUGCCCACUAAAAACUAAUUUCAGAUCAUGAAACAAGAAUGGAAUACGUUGUAAAAAAUGUGUGUAAAUAAAUAACCAGGGAACCAAAGCAAUACAGAGUGAUUUUAAGUGCAUGUGGUUAAAUUAGCAUCAUGAUCAUCAGAUUACAAUUACAGGGUUUGAUUUUGUUAUGAAUAUCAAUAUGCUGCACCCCUUGUUGUAAAUGUCCUCAAAAUCUCUGAAUUGUUCCUAUCAUCUGUUAUAGUAUUAUAUUUUUAUGAAUUCUAAAAUGACUGCACCCUCUUUUUCCUAUGAUCCAGGGAGGUAUAAAACACAAAUAUUCUAAGUUUUGAAUUGCAGAAACACAGCCUCCGUAUGAUAAUGUUCCCCAAUAAUUUGGUGUUUGGUUUGGGCCCAGAACCCAUUACUACAUUCCAACACCAGAUUGUACUGAAAUGGUAGUAGUAAAGCAGCUUGACAAGUGGCCCCAUCUGCCUGUCCUCUGAAGGGUCUCCCACUUGUUUUUGGUAUGGGUUUCUUUGAGAUGGACUUAUUACAGGUGUUUUCUUUCAGCCAUUUUUACUGAGUGUAACUUGUUUAACUAUCUUGGAGAAUGUGGCAUAAACAAGGCUUAAAAAAAAUGAACCCUUAUAGCCUGAGUACCUUUUCCAUCUUACUUGUCUAAACUAACUCACAAAGAGCUCUUGGACACAGUUAUACUGUCACCACCAUGGUCAAUAAGAAGGAUGAUGUUACUUAUUGUAAAUUAAUGUUGGGCACAUUUACUGAGCCAGAGGACCUCCAUACCCCCUCCUCCCAACCAAUGUGCACACAUAGCAUUUCCAAUUUCCAAUGGCUCUGCUGUUUUGCUCCAUAUUUGGGUGACUGAGGCAGAGUCCUCUGAUGACUAACUUGUCAUUUAUUGGACCUGACUUUAGCAAAUUUUUCCAAAUCCUUAUUGAAAAAUUUUCCCUUAAAUUUUUCUUUCCUGGGCUGGGAGCAUAGCACAUGCAAAGGCCCGGGUUUUAAUCCCAGCACCUUAAAAAGAAGUAAAACAGUCCCUGUUCAUACGGAACUUCUGAUUUCAGGCCCAGUGUUGGGAAAUGAGGUAAUCAUAAAUAUGACUAGUCCUGUUUGGAGUAAGGGCUGUCUGAUAUAUUUAUAUCAAGGACUGAACUCUGUUAUCUGACUGGAAUAGUCUUUAUAUUUAAUAUAUGAAAGAAAACUAUUAGGCUUUGGGAUUUUAGUGAAAAAAAAUCACAUUUUUAAGUUUUACCUUCAUGCUGUGUUUAUUGCUUAGUAUUGAUAUUAAGCAAAAUUACCACAUUUAUCUCCCUGUCUUGGCAAAAUAUAUGAUUUUGGUUACUGAAGGAAAAAAAUUCAAGCAAAAUCAUAUGCAUAUGUUUCAAUAUACAUUGGCAUAAAUAUAUUUGGUUUCCUGUUGUUAUGCUCCUUAUUGUUAUUGUUGUCCGCUCCAGAGAAAUUUGAGAUGUGAACAACUCUGACAAAAAUGUUACUACAGUCUUAUGUUAAUAUGAUAUCAUUUCAAGAGUUAAAUUUUUUGAAAAGCAAUUCAAAGUUCAUGAUCCCAUAACAAGCAUAAUCCAUGCUGAGUGCAAACACUGUAUGUCCCCAUGUGCAUUUCAUUACACUUCCACUGUAAGCACCACAUGUACCUCAAGCAGCCUGAGUUAGACUUGCUGUGAGAAUCAUAACUUUGACCUUCUCCAUCAGUAUUGUAAAUUCUCAAUCCAUACAUUGUAGUAAUAUUGUCAUUGGAUUUAUUAUUCGAUCCUAAUAGUUCAAUAGAUAACUAGAACAAUUUUUAAAGAAAAAUAGAUAAAAAUAAAAUUUCCUUGGAAUAGCCACACUAGAAGAGGGUGAGUGAGUAGACAUCUUAAUGCAGGCCUGCACAGGGAAGCCUUCAUAGAGCUCUCUGCGCCUCCUUCCUGAUCCCUCUCACGUCUUACCAGGUGGCCUGGGGACACUUGUGGGAACAUCUUCAGAACCAGGAACAUCACCCCAAGUCUCCAUCAUCAUGUGGUCCAGACCCCUCACACCACAUCUAGACACAAGUCCAAUUCUGCUGCUUACUGCUGUUUGGACGCAACUCUCCACCUCGACUCUAGCGUUCUAUUCGGUGCUUUCCUUGCCUGCUCAGCCCUGACUUCACCAAAGGCUGAUCCCUCUGCUGCUUUGAUGAUAGUGGCUCCACAAAAUAGCUCUAUAUUUUUAACAGUGAUCAGUUCAAGUAAAAAAUUAAGUGAAUGAAUGUGCCGCAAAUAUAUAUAUCUUUUGUAUUAAAAUAGUUAAGAACUCCUAGCAUAUUUAUAAAACCAUAUUUAAAUUCCCCAUUGAACUCAAUUGUAAAUGGGAAAAAAUAAAAGCUUUAUAUUUUCUAAUGUUGUGGAGUGUAUAGAAAUAUCCUUUAAUGCAUUAGUUUUUGUUGUGCACAAAUCUAGAAAACAGUAUAUUAAGAGAAAACAGUAUUGUCAAAUCCUUAGAUACCAUUGGUGGCUUCAACAUUUAGUUUUUGUGAUAUAGAAGCAGCCUAUAAAAGUUUGAUUUUUACUCUGUCAACUUAAAUGCAAACAAUAGAACAGAAAAUGGGCUGCCAUUUAAAGUGAGAAAGAAGAGGAAAUAUUCCAGACCCAGAGUUUGGACGUGGUCAUUCCUCCCUGGCCAUGUGUUUGGUCUCCUUAGUUCCUGGUCCAGUAGCCUCCACACCCAUACAGUAGUCUUUUCCAGGAGACUGGCACCUUGGGUGGCUCUCCCCCAUUACCCUCCCCGAUUCUUCUAGAAAACUGUCAUGUCAGAAUCAGAAAGAGCAUAAAUGUGUUCAAGGGUUAUUGAAUCCUUUUCAGUUUGCAAAUUCCUUUUUUAAUAGGAAGAAAGCAGUGGUGUAAUAAAUUCUCAAAUGAUCAAAUCAGUUAUUUUGUAUAAAACACAUUUAUCUUUAAUUAAGCAUGUAAACAAGGAGUCGUUGAUGGCAAAUGCUGGCAUUGCUGGAAACUUUUCCUGCCUCACAGGCUGAAAGUGUGCACUGUAGUCCAGACAGGGGUUAACUGUGUAAGCUGAAUAAUGUAUUGGAUGGAAGUAGCAAUGAAACAAUAUUCUUUGUACUCCUUGCACUCUGGCCAAGAGAGUUUCUUCCUUAGUCCAGGAAGACACCACCCAGACCCCAGGGCCACCAGAGGCACCCCAGGGGUGAGGACCCCAAUGGGGCUGGGGGUUCUAGUUCAGUGCAACCUUACAGAUGUAGGUGCUGAUCCAAACUUUUGACCUAGACAAGCAUUGACUAUACUGCCAAAUUAAAAUACCAGGGUAAAAAUAGUAUGUGUGUCAUUAACUUUAUAAGAAAUAUGUUUGUACAGAAAAGCCUCUAAAGGAUACACACCAGAAUGUUGAGUAGCUGCCACUACCUGACAUCUCAGGCCUCUAUUUUCUUUUACAACAAGAGACUUAUACUACUUGUAUCAAAGUUUUAGAAUGGACACCUUGUGUUUAGAGGUGUAAGAUCAUUUCAAAGUCUUGUAUUUUCCUAGUUCAAGUCUGUCAACAAAGUUACUAAUAAUGAUUGUACUUCACUUGACUUGUAAAUUAGUGGUUUUGAACUUGAUAGUCUCAGAAUAUUUUCAGCAUACAGUGCUCUUAUGUGUGAUCUGUACAAGGAGUAGGCACUUGAAUGGGAUACAAAGGAAACACUUUCCAAAUUUAUUAAUCAGAGUGACCUUUGCAAUAUAUGUUUUCUGAUUUGCAGAAGACCCUAUGCCUUAUUGAUGAGGGUGAACAUAUGCAAAAUGGUCAUGGAUCAGACAUCUCAGAUGGAAAAUAGGUGUGAAAUUCCAAAAAGUUCAAGAAUUUAAAUAUAAUGUCAUUCAGAAAGACAGUUGUGAAUCAGUGAAAGCUUUCAGAAUUAGUACUAAUGAAGUAGCAAUUGAUAGCAGCUGAACAUUAGAUGCAUUUUAAGGAACUGGGUUCUUUCAUUGUUAUUUUUAUAACUAUAUAAAAACUUAUCCAUACCCUUACUUACAUAGCAAUAGUUAUUUAUGUAAAUAUUGCAUGCAAUUGUGGAUUCAAGUGCUCAAUUAUCCUAAAGGAGAAGACUAGAUUAUUCUUGCAAAAGAAACUUGUGUUCUAUAGAAUUUUGAUAUAUACAAUUCCAAAACUCUUGUAUGGCAUGGUACUGUUUCACUAGAUGAAAUAGUAUAUACACAUUGCCUUGAAAACUUCUAAGAGAAUUUUAUGUUGCUUAGCUUCCUGUAUUUUAAAAAAUAAUAAUUAUUGAAAUUAUCAAGUGAAUAUAAUGAAACAUUUAUUGAUUAAAAGUUGGUAUAAUUCACAUAACUCUAAGGAACUUUGUUAAUAUAGAUUUAGGGAUUUUGACUAUACACAUUAUUAAGUGAAGCUAAAUUCGUUUGCAAAUUUAUAGUGUUAAAUGAUCAGAAUACCGUGUACCCCAAACAUCUCUUAAAUUAGGAACUAAAUAUUCCUAAUCAUUGUUCUGCAAAGGAUGUGAGAACCUACUACGCACCGUUGCAUAGAGUUGUUCAUUUCUUCAUUUGUUUUUCAUCCAAGUUUUCAUCUGCCCUUGGUAGGCACUGCUCUGUGUACUGUGGAUAUGAUGUGGACAAGCACGUCCCCAGCAGCCCCUGUCCUCCAGCAGCAGGAACACUGAACCCAUGAUGCCACAAGGAUCUGUAAAGAAGGGUGUGGUGGGAAGGAGUCCCCCUGGAGGAGCCUAUAACUGGGCUCAGAAAUGUUUGUCAGAUUCAACUCCAGCCAUGGUUUCCCUGUGGAGGUCGAUUCUGACACCAGCAUCUUCCAGCUCAAGGAAGUGGUUGCUAAGCGACAGGGGGUUCCAGCUGGCCAGCUGCGUGUGAUUUUUGCAGGGAAGGAGCUUCAGAAUGACUUGACGGUGCAGAACUGCGACCUGGAACAGCAGAGCAUCGUUCACAUUGUGCAGAGAUUGAGGAGGGGUCAGGAAGCAGACGCACCUGGAGGGGACGAGCCUAGGACCGCCUUGGGAGGCCCUGAGAGGGAGCCCAAGAGCUUGACGCGGGUGGACCUCAGCAGCUCCGUGCUGCCGGCGGACUCGGUGGGGCUGGCUGUGGUUCUGGACACUGGCAGCAGGAGAGACUCCACAGCAGCCGGAGGCCCAGGUAGACCAACCUACAACAGCUUUUAUGUGUACUGCAAAGGCCCCUGUCAAGGGGUGCAGCCGGGGAAGCUCCGAGUUCGGUGUGGCACCUGCAGGCAAGCCACGCUCACCUUGGCCCAGGGUCCAUCUUGCUGGGAUGAUGUCUUAAUUCCAAAUCGAAUGAGUGGCAAAUGCCAAUCUCCAGGCUGCCCUGGGACCAGAGCGGAAUUUUUCUUCAAAUGUGGAGCACACCCAACCUCCGACAAAGAAACCUCAGUAGCUCUGAACCUGAUCACAACCAACAGCCGGGAUAUCUCCUGCAUAACCUGCACGGACACCAGGAGCCCUGUCCUGGUUUUCCAGUGCACCCACCGCCACGUGAUCUGCCUAGACUGCUUCCACCUCUACUGCGUGACCAGGCUCAACGACCGGCAGUUCCUCCAUGACCCUCAGCUCGGCUACUCCCUGCCGUGUGUGGCUGGCUGUCCCAACUCCUUGAUUAAAGAGCUCCAUCACUUCAGGAUUCUUGGAGAAGAGCAGUACAACCGGUACCAGCAGUAUGGUGUGGAAGAGUGCGUGCUGCAGAUGGGGGGCGUGCUGUGCCCCCGCCCUGGCUGUGGAGCCGGGCUCCUGCCCGAAGCAGGCCAGAGGAAGGUCACCUGUGAAGCGGGCAACGGCCUGGGCUGUGGGUUCGUCUUUUGCCGGGACUGUAAGGAGGAGCACCACGAGGGAUCCUGCAGCACCCUGCUUGAAGCCUCGGGAGCAGCUAAACAGGCCUACAGGGUGGAUGAAAGAGCCGCAGAGCACGCGCGCUGGGAAGAGGCCUCCAAGGAAACCAUCAAGAGGACCACCAAGCCGUGCCCUCACUGUGGGGUGCCCGUGGAAAAAAACGGAGGAUGCAUGCACAUGAAGUGUCCGCAGCCCCAGUGCCGGCUGGAGUGGUGUUGGAACUGCGGCUGCGAGUGGAACCGCACCUGCAUGGGCGACCACUGGUUCGACGUGUAGCCGGCGCCGCGGGCGCUGGGCCCUGGCCACGCCCCCCUCUCGGAAGCACCCAGCGCCCUGCCUUCAUUUUCUACUUCACGUUUCUCUAAACACAUCUCACACACAUACACACACUCACACACGUGAACACAGGCUUCAAGGUCUCCCCACAAUCACAAAAGCAAAAUGACAGAGAAAGCUGCUGGAUCUCUUUUACUACAUCCAUGAAAAACAGCAGAGCCAAUCCCAACACCAGCAAGAGGUCUUUCCAGGCCUUAGAAUUAUGCCCAGAGUAAAGUGCAGCCCGUCUAUGCUGAAUAAUCCUUAUUCUUGCAUGGAUUCAAGUCAGGCUGGCUCGGCACAGGGAGCAGGUCUCCAGAUCAGUUUCCUGCGUUCUACUUUCAACAAACACAGGGGAGGAGCCGCUGGCAAGGUGGGGACAGCUCCUGGGGACUGUUGCCUGAGGGGGCCUCUGCAAGGUGGACUGCAGGGACUCUCAGAACUGAGUUCCUGGCUUUCAGAGCAACAUUCAACAUUUAACUUUUCAGAGAGCAUCCAGUCCUCAAAAAACCCCAGGCAGUAGUAAAAAAUAUGUGUUUAUCCCUAAGAAUUCUAUCUUUAUAAAUUGUGCUGAUGAAAUAGCAACUAUGCACAAAUCAGCUUGUCAACUAAGUGAGAAAUUAUGAAAGCCAAUUUGAAUGUUGAAUGUUUAAAUUACAGGGAAGAAAGCAACACUUAAUGUGCUUUCAUUCCAUUUAAUUAUUUGCUACUUUAGAAAGAAAUCGCUUAUCUGAAAAUAUUACAAAAUCUAUCGUUUGAUUUUUAAGUAUUCAUUUUGCAGCUUGGAAAUUAGCUUGUGCAUUAGGCACUACUGUAAAUUUAAUGGAUAAAGGGCUAUAAAGGAGACAUUUUCAAAAACCAUUUCAUAGUGGUAUUGAAUGCUAACAAAAGUGCAGGUUAUUAAGUAGAAUCUUUAAAGAAAGAGCCUUUCCAAGGCGUCCAGAUGAAAGCAUUUCUGACCCUCUUCAUUAGAAGGGUGCAGGCCCCAUGCGUCCCCACUCUCCUUCCACUGCUAGCCCCAGGGAGCCAUGCAUGGGCGGCCAGCUCCUGCAAGGAGAGUUCUUUGCGUAGGACAAAAUAAACUCACUUAUUCCUCAGGUUACCUGCAUCAAAUUUGAGUGUUGGUCAGAUUUUCAACUUUUCUCUUUUGGAGGCAAAUGCAACACAUAAAAAAAAAAAUUCUCUAGAUACUGUGAGACGCAUUUUCUACUGCAAAAAUGGAGGUGAGAAAACACAAGAGCUGCCUGUUGACAGCUCCUCAGGAAGACCGUGAAUGUACCUGAGGGCAAAGGAGUUCUGGCACGGGGGGCCCUUCUGGGUUUGGGGAGCUGGAAAUUCUAAACUGGUCACCAGUCCUCUCCUCCUAGGUGGGCUCCCUGUGUCCUUGCUGGUGGGAGGAGAAGGGGUUUCCGAGGUCACGUCCCAAGGACCUUCUUUCAUGCUCCAGGGAGCAUUCUGCCCUCCACCCCUCGCGGGUACUGUGCCGGGACAAGACAGGGCAAUGACGUCCAUGUGCACAGCUGCUCCAGCAUGUUCAAGGCCACAGGGAGGUCCGUGGCCGUGCUGAGCCCCGACCACAAUCAGGACACAUGUCACUGACAAUCCCAGCCAAUUGCAGCUCCUUGCGCCAACUCAGGGUGACACCCCAGAUGGCAUCGCCUGUCCUGUGGCACAUGGGGCACUUUGUAUCAGUCUUAGCUUUUUCUUUGUGAUGCUCUCAUUAUUGCUUCUUCCAAAUCCACGUAGUGUGUUGGGUUUGCCACCGUGAAUUGCAGGUACCGUAGCAGCCCCUGGAGCUGUUCAGCUGUUGAGCAUGGUCUCCUUUGUGGUGAUUUUUUUUUUCCAGAAUAGAAUAGUGAUUCUUAAAAUAACUUAAAGGAAAAAUAGGCACUGAGUAUGAACAUGAAUCACAAUAUUAUUUGAACACGAACACUGUAAUAAAAUAUAGCACAAGAAUGGAAGUAAGAUCUUUGCGGAAAAAUCUUUAUUUUUUUCUGAAAUGUGUUAAGAAAUAUCUGACAGGUAUGUCUGCGAAUGUGCUUAAUUGUCAAUAAAAGUAUCCUAAGA